CCGCUGCGGGCCGCUCCGGCCGGUGCUUGCCCGGGCGCCUUCGUGCGCCCUGUCAACGGCCUCUGAGAGCACCCACCCGGGCGCCCCGGGAGCCGGCGGGCGGGGGCCCUCGCCGGGGACCCUCCAGCGGGCCCAGGGGGACAAAAGUGGCUCUAAAUCCAUCACACAUACACCUUGACGCAAGUUAAAGGAUUUAAUAUGAAGCACAGAAGCAAAUAAUGCCAAAUAGCAAGCAGUAGUUGGUACACAUUUGGUAAGUGAGGCAGCAUUUCCUUCUCCCACUGCUGCUGAGAUGGCGGAAAUUAGUCGAAUUCAGUAUGAAAUGGAAUACACCGAAGGUAUUAGUCAGCGAAUGAGGGUCCCAGAAAAAUUAAAGGUGGCACCACCAAAUGCUGACGUGGAACAAGGAUUCCAAGAUGGAGUUCCAAAUGCUAGUGUAACAAUGCAGGUUCCAGAGAGGAUUGUUGUGGCAGGAAAUAAUGAAGACAUUCCAUUUUCAAGACCAGCAGAUCUUGACCUUAUUCAGUCAACUCCCUUUAAACCUUUGGCAUUAAAAACACCACCUCGUGUACUUACACUAAGUGAAAGACCACUAGAUUUUCUGGAUUUAGAAAGACCUCCUUCAACCCCUCAAAAUGAAGAAAUCCGUGCAGUUGGCAGGCUAAAAAGAGAGCGUUCUAUGAGUGAAAAUGCUGUUCGCCAAAAUGGACAACUGGUCAGAAAUGAUUCCAUGUGGCUCAGAUCAGAUUCUGCCCCAAGAAAUAAAAUUUCAAGGUUCCAGGCACCGAUUUCUACACCGGAGUACACUGUGACACCAUCGCCACAACAGGCUCGGGUCUGUCCUCCCCAUAUGUUACCUGAAGAUGGAGCUAAUCUUUCCUCUGCUCGUGGCAUUUUGUCGCUUAUCCAGUCUUCUACUCGUAGGGCUUACCAGCAGAUCUUGGAUGUGCUGGAUGAAAAUCGCAGUGUGAGAAGACAAAAUGAAAUACGUUGUAAAAGACCUGUGUUGCGUGGUGGGUCUGCUGCCGCCACUUGUAAUCCUCAUCAUGACAACGUCAGGUAUGGCAUUUCAAAUAUAGAUACAUCAAUUGAAGGAACUUCAGAUGACAUGACUGUUGUAGAUGCAGCCUCAUUAAGACGACAGAUAAUCAAACUAAAUAGACGUCUACAACUUCUAGAAGAGGAAAACAAAGAACGUGCUAAAAGAGAAAUGGUCAUGUAUUCAAUUACUGUAGCAUUCUGGCUGCUUAAUAGCUGGCUCUGGUUUCGCCGCUAGAGGCAUGAAAAGGAUUCCACAAAGGCCAAAAAUACAAAAGCAGGAAUCCUGGAAGAUAAGCCCAAAACAUCUUCGUUGUUCCUAAUGAUUUUUACCAAACACUGGAAACCUGGAGCUUUCUCCCUUAAUGGCUGUGCGGUGGGGCAGGAGAUAGAAUCUCUUACCUUGGAUGGACUCUAACUACAAGAGGAGACUCCUGCAUAAAGCUGAGUCCAAAACUACACUCUCAAUAAAAGGGUGAAUGCUAAAUCAACUAACCAUGCAGUAGGGGACAGCAAAAAAACUUGCCUUUUUUGACCUUGUCACAUAUCCAGAAAAUAGAAGAGCUUGUGUUUAACCCAGAUCUCUCUAGCUCCAAAUCCUAGCUGUCUCUAUUAUGCCAUUCUGCCUCCUCUAAAAGUUAUUAAAUCACCAAAAGAAAGUGGUUUGGGAAUUGAAAGGAAAGAAUUCCCUCCUCCUUAGGGUAGUCAGAAAAUAUUCUUAGUGAGAUAUUUGAGCUGAACCUUGUAACGUUUAUAGGAUUUCAACAAGCAGAGAAUGAAGAAAAAUUCCACGGAGUAGCAUGAGAAAAUAAUACAGUCGGGGGCUAAUAAUAUAGUGACCAAUCUAACACAUGCAGUGGAAUCCAUACAACUAAAUAUACCAGCUGUAUUGGUCUAUCACUCUCAGAACUCUACUUAAAGUUCAAUUUUUGUUUUGCGCCCCCCUCUUCUAGGAAUACUUGUUGAAGCUUUUGCUUCAAUUUACAAUUUGAGGGGUAAUUUUAUAAAAGUAGUAUAUUUUCAAGAGAACUUUUCAUUCUUUCCUGCAUAGAUGUCUGCUUUCCAGCUUCUUAACUAUAUUUAACCUUAAAAUUGAACUGUUCUUUCUGAACCUCAGGUUUGGAAAGGUUUAAUUUGUUAUAAAUGUGUUUCUUAACUAUAUUUAACCUUAAAAUUGAACUGUUCUUUCUGAACCUCAGGUUUGGAAAGGUUUAAUUUGUUAUAAAUGUGUUUAUAUCAAAAUUUUAUUUCUUAUCAGUAACCAGAGACUUCUGUGUACGUAGCACUGACCUUAAGAGGUUACAGAAGAAUGCUAUAAGCCCUGCUCUGAAGGAAUUUCCAAAUUAAAGUGGGUGGUGCAUAAGCCUUAAAAUAAAUUAGAAGAUUAUGAAUACAGAAUUUUUAUUAAAGAAAGGAAUGAGAUGUGUGCUGAAGGAUGGGGAGAGGAGAGUUUCCAAUGGUGAGCAUCAGAAAAAAAAAGAGAGAUACCAAAAUGAGGUCAAACUUAGGGGUGGGAGGGAAGGUUAAAAAACAGUGAGCUUUACAGAUCUGCAGAUUGUGCAUGUGUGCACAGGUAGACACUGGCAAAUUCAGUUACCAGAUGAGAGAUGGCAUUUCUCCAAAGGAUGUAACCACAGGUGGCCCGUAGGCUUUAGGCAUUUAAUCCAUGGCAGCACUUUCCAUAAGACUGAAAGAGUGAAGAAAUAACUUACCAGCUAUUUCAGCUGAUUGGGUAAUUGUGCAAUAGCCAGCUAUUUCUUUUGUCAUCUGAAAUGGAAAGCUUACAUCUCUUUCUCUUCUUGACUUUAUAAAGAACUGGUGUCAUCUCUCUCCCAUUUCUAGGGCCAUGAGGAAAUUGUAAGCACCAUCACUGACACUUGUAUUGUUCAGUCAGUACAAUAAGCUAGUCCUGUUCAUUCUAUUGAAGUAUUUUAGUGUCAUGGCUGUUAGCAAUUUGACAUUCAUUUAAAAGCAUUGACUCCUCACUAAAGGCUAAGUACUAGAGAUAGGAUUCAUUUGUUCAUUCAUCACAAUUUAGGAUGGUCAUGCUUUGUACCUGACACUGAGCUAGGUACUGAGUAUGCCAAGAGUGAAUUAAGAAAACAUGUCCCUGCAUACAUGUUGCUAUGGGAGGACAUGAAAUUUAAGAAACAAGCCCAAAUGAAAGCACUGCCAACCAUUGUAAUAAGUGCUAUAAAUGAGAGAAUCCUAAAGGAGAGAGUAAAAGGGAACCUAUUUUUCAUUAGAUGGUUAGGGAAGGCCUCUCGAAAAAAGUGAUAUGUGUGCUGGAAUCUGAAGGACGAAGAGGAUUUAGCCAGGGUUGUGAGAGAGGGGACAGAAGGGACCUUACUAAGGGCCUGAAACAGGAAAGAGCUGAUAAAUGAAUGGUCUCAGCUCUCUUAAAUUCUCCUAUAUUGGUGGGUGUACAAGCAAAAAUAUGUAUGUUACACUGUGACAAAUAAAAUAAUAGCUAACUUAGUUUAUUGAAAAGCAUGCGUUCUGGAGCUACCUCAAGUAGGAGAGUAAGCUUUAAGGAUAAAUAGGUGUCUUUAAGAUGUCUUUGUACAGUAAAUAGAUUAAGAAAAAAAAAGGCUUAUAAUUAUAUCCAUGAUGGUACUAAUACAUUCAGGCAGCUAUAAUGAAGUAUUGUAAAUUAUUUCUAGAACCUUCAGCCCAGUGAACAUAGAAAAAUAAUUGAAGUAAAAUACGGGAGUGAUUAUGUUCAGAAAAUUGUAGUCUUCUGGUUUUGCUUUUUUAUAACAUUUUCAUAUGGUAAGUAUACUAUUUUGUUGCAGUCUUUCAAAGAUUGCAUUGUUUAGAAACCAGCUUUUGAAAGUUUAACUUUUUUUCUAGGUAUUUAUUGUUUUUUAAUUCCUAUUAUGAAAAAUGCAAACAUAGGAAAAUAGAAGAGUAUAAUGAACACCAUAUAUCCAUCACCAAAGUAUAACAAUUAACAUUUUUCCAUUGCUUCAUUUUUUUACUGAAGUAUUUGAAAAACAUGACAUUUUCCCCCAAAAUAUAAAUGUUUCUUUCAAGAAAAGGGCAUUUUCCUAUGUAGCCAUAAAACCGUUAUCAGACCUAACAAAAUCAGCAAUAAUUCCUUAAUGUUGUCUAACUCAGUUCAUGCACAGGUUUCCCCCACUGUACAUAACACUUUUGGUUGAAUCAUAUCUCUUUGUUCUCUUAAUCUAGAACAGUUUCCUCAACCCAUCGCACUUUUUAGUUUUCAUAUGAAAUUUUCUUAUUGAAAACAAGGGGCUAUUGCCUCUCUACUGUUGUACCUUUUCAACUUAUCUGAGUGCUUCCCCUUCCCCUGUAUUUCUUGUCAGUUGGGAAUUAGGUCUAAAGACUUGAUAAUAUUCUGGUUAUAUGUUUAUACUUUUUUUUUUUUUAAGUACAGAGAAAGACAUAAAAAGUUCCUAUACUUUCACUUGCAGGAUAGCUCCUGUUCAUCCUUGUUCUCUUUCCCCUUCCCUCUCUUCUUCCCUCCUCCCUCCCCCGAAAAUUAAGUUAAAAAAUUCAAGUAGUACACAAAUACGGAAAGAUACAAAAUACAUUGAAGGUGAACCACUGAUGAUUUUUCCUUUCCAUAUAAAAUGUUAUGUUUUAUAUGCUUUAAACAGUUACCUCAAAGGUGACUUCAAAAACAACUUUUUGGACUAAAAUGACAAAUUUUUUUUUAGAUAAUGUUUCCCUGUUCUUCUAAACGAGUGUAUUUUUAUUUUAAAUGUAAUUCUCAAAUGAUUCAAACUAUUGAUAUUUCCAUUUUAUUACCAUUCAACUACACAAUUCGACUCCUCCGCUUAGAGACACCACACAGACAGCCAAGGAAACCAAUGACUAUCUGACUGAGUCCAGACAGGAGUUCAAGAAUACCAACAAUUAAUAGACCUACAAAUACUGAGAGGUAGAUGAUCCUCUGUGUGUUUUCUUCAGAACUGAAGCUCAAGCUAUAUUUUCUCCAGUCAUUGGCCGUGGUGGUAUUGAUGGAGUUACUGGUAACAGCUGGAGGUAUACAAGAGUCAUUGAAAAACCACUGCAGAUUGAAGGAUUCUGCAUGAAUGUCGCUGAAUAUGGAAACGGAAGAAAUAAGAUAUUACGGAAUAUCGCUGACAAUCAAAGGAAUGCAUCAUUAGUCCCAGAAAAUAACAAGCAUACCAAAAUAGUGUACUUUAAAAAUAUGCCAAAUUAAUAUAGCUAAAAUCAUUGUUUCUGAGUAUGUGUCAUAUACCUUAAAAAUUCAUAAAACUUUUAUUCUUUAUAUAUACCAAGCAUUUCUGUAGUACUUACUCUUAGGUUGAACUAUAUGGAAUUGCUGUUCUUGUAUGUCAAAAAUGGUCAAAUACCAAUAAUUUCAUGUGGUUCAACAUAUUUAUGCAGGCACUUUUAGACUUGCUGAAGAUAAGAAAAUAAAGAAGCUCCCCUUUUAAGGAGCUCAAUUCUUAAUGCGGAACUACAGUGUUGCCUCAUGUUGCCUCUACUCUUAAACCAAAUGUAAAAUUCUUUCUCAUGAAAAGCAUUAAAAUAUGUCUGAUUAAAAUGAUUUGUGCCCUUUCUAACAGGAUUAUGAAAAUAAGAAAUUUUCAGCCCUAACACAUCUGUCCCAAGAUGAUUUUUCUUUGGUUUAUUACAGAGUAAGACUAAAUGUUCUGAGACUGUGUUUCUGGAUACCAACAACUAGCAUUCAAGCUGGGCAAAUGCAACAAUAUUUUCUGUACACAGAGCAUGGGCCUGCUUUUUUGAAAUUUGCAAUGAGCAUAGGACCACUCUACUAUAACUGUUUACUAGGCUGGUUUAUCUUCCCAACUAGACUGGAAAUUCCUUCAGUGCUGUAAUCUCCAGAGUUUAUCCUGGUGGCUGGUACAAGAUUUGCCAUUGUCAUUCACUGAGGAUUGAAUGUGUAUAUAUGUAGCAUCUAUGGUUGAAAUCUCUAAUCUUAUUCUUUGGGUCUAUUAGGAAAUGGAAAUUUCUUUCGGUUUUGAUUGUCAACAACUGUGCUAUGUAAAUUUUGAGAGAUUUUUGUUUUUUGAAAUGUAGGGAGGUAAGGGCAAAAAAUAUGUUCUUUUUUUCCCCCAUAUAAUUUACAAAAGUAAAUUCUGGUCGUUUUCCAAACUGAGCAACCCAGUGAACUAGAUUGUUUUUUUCUUCCAGUUUUAAAAAUUAGGCCUACAGUCAGGCACAGACCAUCUUACAAGAUUGAAAUAAACCGUUUAUAUAUAUAAGCAGUAUUCAGCCUAAAAGUAAACUAGAAGACUGGAAGUAUGCAAGACAAAAAUCUUUAGUAGUAGUAUUACAACUUAUUUUCAAUUUGCCAUGCCCACAGUGUAUGUCUGCAUUAAUCCAUUGGCUGCUUUAUUUCUUUUAGAGUUUACAGGCAAGGCUCUAGAUUUUAUAUGUUAAAUGUUUUUAUUAAUUCUUUAAUUAUGAAAGUAAUAAUGCUCAUGAUUUAUAAAUUAGUUCAGAAUGUAAGAAGUAAAUGCCCCCUAGAGUCCCCCAGAAUAUCCACCAUUACCAUUCUGCAAGGUUGAAAGUUAAGUUUCUGAUGUACAUUUCCAGAAAUGCUUUAUAUACGUGCACAUACACAACUAUAGACUUUUAAAAAACAAGCAGAAGCUGAGAUUAACUAGUCCUUAUAGACAAAACCAUACCCAAGGCAUUCUGAACAUCGUGAUUCCUCCAUUUCUAUGUGAGUUUGUGCCAGUUGGGAUUAAUGUGAAAAAUCUCUAAGAAUCUGUCUCAGUAGUUGCAUCAAAGGAAAAACAUGUCAUGGUGUCAGGAGCACACUAUUCUAAUCUAGCUAGCUGCAGCUGUGUAGGAAAGUGGAGCCCAUCAGUGAAUGAGGUUACUUACCUUAAGUUUUUCAGUGAAAAUUCACAACUGACAGUACGCUUGUCUAGAGAGUUACAAAUGAGAGGUCCUUCAGAGAGAGCACGGAUAGAUACCAACAUGCAAUACACAGCACCAAUGAUUGUGAUUACAUUCAAAAGGGAUGAAAGAAACAUCUGAAAAAUAAAGUAGGGCCAUUUGCACACAUUAUUAUGAUAUGUCCAUGGUCUGUUUCAAGUUUCAGCAGCUUAUACAGUCUUAAAAUCAACUGCUGCCACUCUCCACUCACUCUUCAUUCCUAGAUCUUAAGAUCAUAGUUUGAUUAGGUGCAAAUUAGAGACAAAAUCUAACUCAUAUCAUGAUUCUUCCAUACGAUAGUGGCCCUGUACAAGUUACUUAAAUUUACUCAUCAAGAACUGCCACUAUAUUUGUAUUUUAGUCAUCUACUCUUUGACUUCUCUAAGCUUCAGAGGGGCCUGGCUUCGGAAAGUGAUUCCAGGGAUCUGUGUUUCCCUUGUAGUGGGGUUCAUUUAAAUGUUUGGGCACAACCCGAGUAUUCAGAAACAAAAUCAAGAAUUGGAAAAGAGGGAGCAAGGAACAGUUAAAAAUAGGGGAGAGGUGAAUAGCCUUAUUUUUCUCAUCUAAAAACUUUUGUUUUUUAAAAAAGAAAAAUACAGAAUUACAUCUCCAUGGAGUGCCUGGAAUCAUUAAUCCAGGGAGAAGUGUCAAAGUUCCAGCCCUGGUGACUUCUUGCAGUGCUUGUGGGCUCCUCUGCUGAUGCCAUUGUUAGAUGGCUUUAUUCCACUGGACCACAUGGCACGCUCCUCUUCAAAUACUGGAUGAUCCAGUGCUCAUUUCCUGAAGAACAAAUGCCUUCCCAGCUUCAUCCUAUGGCUAUUUCUGUAUAUCUCAUGAGACUGCAAAUUUGAGGAUAGGGACUAUGGCUUUCCUUUGUAGCCCAAGUGAUCCAGUUUUAUGUUGAAUAAAUAAAUGCAAAUUACAUUUUUUAAAUGAAAAAAAAUUUACAUAUUAGUAGGCUGCUGCCCCUUAUGGGGUUAUUAUGAAGAUUAAAGCAACCAUGAGUGUCACUAACCUGUUCACCCACCCAUUUUGGGCUCUUGGCCCUCCUGGCCACUUGUGGUUGGAUGGGAGCCAUGCUGCCAGUUCUGGCCAACGAAUUGUGAGCAAGAGUUUGUCACUUUGGGGAAGAGUAGAGCUCCUUUCUAAUUCUUGAUGGACAUGUAGCUUGAGUAUGAAAUCAACUUUGGUUAGCCACUGAGAUUUUGGAAUAGUUUGUUAACUUGAGCAUAACCUAGCCUACCCUGACUUGUACCAAAAUAUGCUUUCAACCUUUGGUUUAAUUAUGUUACUUCCUGUGCCUCAAAAUUUCAUAUAAGUUAAGUAUUUCUUUACUAAAAGUAGCUAUUGAUUUAUUGGCAGUUUCUCCAAAAGUGUAAUUUUACAUGCUUUCGAGAGCAUCAUCAGUAAUGUGUGAGGCUCUAUUUUGAGAUAAAAUAAGUAAGAUCCCAUACUACUUGUGUCGUUGUUUUUUGGUGAGCACAAAAUAUUUACCAGACAUCAAAAAUUUUUUGUUCCCAACUCUUGGCUCAGUAAUAGAAAACUCACUUCACAGAUUAUAAAUAAAAUAACUUUGGUCUUAAUCUACAAAAUGGCUAUUGGCCCAGGACUUCACUAUGUAUAAAUUCCAUUAGCUCUAAUGGGACUUUAAAAUGCUUAAUUUUGCUGGGGAAUUUGCAUGUAAGUUUAUGGGGGAAAAAAAUGGGUAAUAAUUUCUUGUUUUAUUAUUUUUCUAUUUGAGUUUUUUAACCAUGUUUUUUCCUAAAACAUGCUUUUCAGUUGUCAGAGUAAUGCUUACUUACCUUUUAACAACACUUUGGGAAUUGAUUAAAUUGAUAGAAUCAAAACUCAAAGGCACUCAGUGUUUAAUAUUAAAUGGUAAAGCACUGUAUAUAAUAACACUCCUCCAAAGCACCAAGGACAAUUUUUUAUGAGGUGGGGGAAUGACGGAGUUCAAAAUUGCAUGUUACUCAAGGUUCUGAGGGGACAGACACAUGAUAUUGUUAUGUUUUAUUUUUUUUUCUUUGCUGAAAGAGAACCAAAUAUUUUUGCUUUCAACUCUGAAUGUGCAGUGAAGAUAUUUAAGAAAAGAAGUGCCAUAAUAAUCUAAGGAGAGAUCCUUAAUCAGAGACUUGGUGGGAUAUAGAAUACAAGUCAGAGAUGACCUGACUUUUGUGACAAAUGAUUUCAUUUCUUUUAUUAAGCUGGACUUAAGUUAUAACUUCCAAUAUGGAACUUCCUUACCAAGAUAAGCCUUGGUGACCCUUUCCCUGCCCUCCCAAGAUCUAGCCAUUUUCGCUUUAUGAUGCCUGUUCUUAUCUGGACUAAAAGAUACCAGGUGCAACUUAAAUGGCAGUCAUCAAUUGCUGCCAACAGGUGAGGAAAGUUGCUAAGAACUUUCUAUUAAAUUUAGUCAGUAUAAACUGGCAAUUUUGAUUAGAUAACCAGCACCACUUUUAUUAGUAGAGCAUAAACAGUAUUAUACAGUACUCUUUAACAUCCCAGGACUUAACAUUUGAGAGUGCUCCUGGAGCUCCUAGGCAUGCAAUAAUCUCUAAUUUUGCUGAAACAUGAACUUGAAUUAUUUUUAAUGUUGGUAUAGGGGAGCAAAAACUUCUAAUUAGUGAGUUAAAUCCAAUAUCCUCAUGAAAAAGUGGUUUGACUAUUCUUGACCCACUGUGUACUCAAAUGAGAGAGAAAAGUUAUAUGGGCAUUGAAAAUAUGAUUAAUUUGUGGUGAGAGGAUAUGUGCAGGAAAAAAAGAUUCUUAAUAGAACCGUGAUUAGAGCGAAAAACAGAAAACUAGAUAAUUGUUUUGAUUUGUUUGAAUUAAGGGAUUCAGAAAUACCUGAAGAUAUCUCUCUCAAGAAUGUUUAAGUACCAUAUAGAGAUAAUGCAAAGUCAAACUUAUAGUUUAUAAAGAAAAGUGUCAAGGAGUGGAAAAUGAAAAGUAAUAUUUAUUUGCCUACAAUUUGUCAGGAACAUAGAUUAUAAGUUAUAAAUUAAUUAUUGUAAUCCUAGGUGAUCAAAUGUCAGAGAAAGGUGAUUUUUUAAAAUAUGACUCUUCUAAUUGUUAAAAGGUUUCAUUUAUAGAUAUAAAUAUGUAUUCCCUUUAAAACAGUACAGACCCUGCCUGCACAUGAGAAAUAUCUAGAGUAGUUAUGAAAAAUACUGAUGCAGAAUCUCCUGGGUAUUCCAAUACCCUGGCAUUGGUAGUUUUAAAAUUUCCCCAGGUGAUUCUAAUGUUCCUAUCAGGCUGAAAACCCUUCCACAGGCUUAGUUAGCCAGAGAUAUUUACAGUGCCAGCUCUUUAUCGAUCUACUGCUUUCCUUAGAAAAUUAUGAGAGCCUAGUGUUGUCAAUAACAGUGUCCGCAUUAUAGUGUAAAGAUUAUGACUUUUGUGGAGUCUGAGGGAUUUGGAUAAAAAUCCACUUACUAGCUACACAACACUGGCAAGUUAUUUGCUUUCUGAUUAUCAAUUUCUUUGUCAAUAAAACAGAUCAUAAUAUUUCCCACUAAAGGUUUUGAAAGAAUAAUAUAGCAUAUUUUAAAAUAUUCUGAGCAGAGUGACACUUUAAAGGUCAAUGUUCAUUUCUUUUACUUUUAACAUAGUUACAAUUUUAUACAUAGUUAUGUACUAAAUGUUUAAAAAAAUAACUGGCAUCUCCUUUAACUUAACUGGAUAAGAACAGUUACUCUGAUCCUAGCAAACUGUUCUCUCCUACGCAUGAAAGAACCGAGAAAACAUUUUUCCUAUGUGUUUUAUACACACCACAAGACCAAGUAUUUGAGUAUCAUGAAUUGAUUACACACUUAUCAAUCACCUUUCUUUGAAAACUUCUAGAUACGUAAAACUGAAGAUUGAGGAGAAGACAGAAGGCUAGCUCCAAAGCUAAAUUUUAAUGGGGGAGAAAAAAACCCACGUCUCACUUUCCAUAUAACUAUCCUACAGAGUGUGUGGCCCUGCCACUGGAGCCACACUGUACUCAGCAGAUAAUGCUGACACAGGGUGGCUUUGUUUGGGUGUCAGUAACUGUUUCUGCACUUCUGCUCCCAGAACAAUUACUCCAUACUCACCCCGGUCCUGUUGUUGCAGCAUGCUCUUUUUCUUGCUGCCAAGGACAUUAUUGUUGCUGGAAUGACCUGGAAAUGGUAUCAGCAGGAAAGAUGAAUAUUACUACUUCUCAUCAGAUGAAACAGCAGUAAUUUCAGACCUCCGUUUACCACCAGCUAUGGGAAGUGAACACUUAGAAUAAAAAGGAAAUUUGGCAAUGUCCUUGAUCUUGUGAACCUUAUGAUCCCUAUUUUCAACCACAAAGAUUAAAGAGGGAGGAGUUGUGAAGGAAACUGCUAUUCAGAAUAGUUUUUACCUCUUCCAUCUAAAUUCUUAGUUUAGCCUGGAUCAUCUUGGUUUUUAAGUAGAUUAGGAUGAAUUAUUAAAGUAUUUUUGAAGGAAUAUUUAUCAAAAAAUUGGUUGCAUCAUCCAAAAUUCACUUUUUAUUUUUGAAAGUUACUGCAACCUGCAGUCACUUACCCAAUUUCCCAAGAAUUAUAUGAGUUUGUCUGGCAAGCCUCCAGAAAAGAAACCAAUGGUUUUGUUUAUCAGGUAGUUUGGAACUAAUAAUUCUGUCACCACCCCUUUCUGACUCCCCUAACUUCUCUCUCACUCCCAGGAUCCCCAUCAUCUUGCUGGUUUCCUGAGCUUACAAUUUGAGAAUUCUUUGUUCUAUAUUCUCCUUUCUCUUCCUGAAUCCAGGAUAUAUAAUAAUCUCAUUUUACACUGAUAUUUAGAAAUCUCAUAAUAAUGCAUUCUAUUUUAAUGGAGACAUCCCUGGGAAAGCUGUUAAGACAUGACACCAUAUUCUCAGGACUUAGGUUUACAUUUAUUGUAAUAUCUAGUCAGCAACUAUGACUAGAAAUUCUUACUGAAAGGAGUUUUGUAUCAUUAAAGACGGAAUGUAAAUUACUUCCUUCCACUUGAGAAAUUUUAGCCAUAAGGCGUUUUUGCAGCACAGCAGCCCUGGCGUGAUGCUCUCCCUCCUCUGCUCUCGUUUUCUAACAUUUUAUUAAGCUCUAACUAUAUCCCAGGCACUGUUAUGGGUGCUUUGCAUGAUUUGGCUUAUUUCAACCUCAAAACAAUCCUUUGAGGUAGAUACUAUUAUCAUCCCCAUUUUGCCAAUGAGAAAACUGAGGCAUGGAAAGUUUGGUAACUUAUCUAAGAAAGUGGAAGAGUUAGGAUUCAAAGAGAGGGAGUUGGGCUCCAGAGUACAGAUUUUUAACCUCUAUUCCAUGCUGACUCAAUUCUUACACUUCUCUAUUCUAUAUAGAACUUGUUCAUUCUCAUCACACAAACCCCCACCCCAUCUCAUUGUUAUCCUUCUAACUGCUCUUUUCCUGACCCUUUUUUCCAAGGCCACAUCUUUCAGACCAGGUUCAAGAUAUAUGCCUUACAAGACAGCUUUCCUAACAAACUUCACCCCACUCUGAUCGUGAUCUUACUCCACAGCACUUUGCCUUGUAUUCAAGCUUUGCUUACAUGUUGCCUUGAACACCAGCGCUCUUAUAAUUCAGAUACAUGGCAGCCCAGAGCAUAGCUGAGAACGUGAAGGAAAAGGAAAAACAAUUCUUAGCCCCCAAACAGGGAUGUUUCCAUUAAGAUAGAAACAAUAAUUCUUAGCCCUCGAACUUAGUGUCCACGUUCAUGCACUAAACGUCUUUUCCUGUAACUGUGAACUAUACUGCCUGUUGAGCUUAAGGGACAAAUCUACAGUCCCCAGGCCAAAUUUGGCCUGCCUUCUGUUUUUGUCAAUAAAGUUGUACUGGAACCCAGCCAUGCCCUUUCGUUCACAUGUUAUCAGUGUCUGCUUUUGUGCAACAAUGGAGUUGAGUAGUUGCAAAGAGACUCUCUGACUCACAAAGCCUAAAUUAUUCACUGAUUCUUUGCAGAAAAAGUUUUCAAAUGCUUCAUUUAGAAAAUAAAUGAAUCUUUUCAAAGAAAGUUGGAACAACAGUAAAUCCCAAGGUAAAUAGACAAAUCAUUCCAUUUCCCUUAUUGAUGUAAAUUAAACUCUGUUGACUUUCUUUAGGAUUAAUCUAUUUCUGAGAUAUUGAGUAUUUAUUUUCAUGGUCUCCUUCCCUUGCAAAGGGGUUUUAUAAAGUAACAGUAAUUUUGUAGUGUAUGAAUCACCACCCAGUUGACUGCAUGGCAUAUUAACACAUCUUUGCUACACCAUUAUGGGCAACUUAUCACUCACUACGUUUCAACCAUUUUCCCCAUUCAGAGCUUUGGAAAUUGGAGGGGCUUUCUAUAGGAGGGACAUUUAAAUGUGAAACUAUUUGAGUAUUUGUGUGUUUGUGUAUUUUGUGAGUAUUUGUGUGUUGACUGAAUUAUAAAUCUUCCAGAUAUUCUCCUGCCAAAAUGAGUAAUUAUGAGAACACUCUUAAAUUGCUAAGCGCACUGAAUGCAUGAGUUUUUGUGAGAUUAAAAGUCUUACAUCUACAACUGCUCUAAUAAAAAAUUUUAAGUCUUGCUGGUCUUUUCAUUUUUUUAAAGAAAAGAAGUGGUAUUGUUCCUCUAUCCUUACAGAAACCCAUACUUUAAUCCAGAGUUUUGGAAGUAAGCUAUAUGAAUGUAUAAAAGAAAUAUGGAGACAGAGAUCUAAGAUGGCGGCAUAGAGAGGAGUAGAAGCUAAGUAGUCCCCCUGGAACAACU